UGUAGCCCGAUCGAACUAAGGACUGACUCCAUAGCACGCUCAUCACCUUUCUUCUGGACAAAGUAACUUUCUUAGACUGGGUCUGGAGAAACGUCCCCAAUUUUCCACUGAUGGGCACCUUUGACAAAGAAACAUGGGACAAAAUUGGCACAAAACUUUGGGAUGCUGCUACAGGAACAGAUAAGACUGCAGCUAAGCAUUUGCCCGUUUGGCGGCAGAUAUCUGAAGCCCUAGUACAACUCCACAAAGGAACAAAAACAGACUCUGUGGAAAGCCCGAUGCGUCCUUCUGCUCUGUUGCCACCGCCUCUGAAUAAUACCCGUAUCACGGAAGAGGAUCCCUCAGAAGAGGACCCCUUUGAUCCUGGGCUGAUUAACCCAGACAAAGAACCCAACCUAUUUCCUCCCGAUGAUCAUUUGAGAGGGGCAAUGGGAAGUGAACCAAUCCAUCCGAGUGACUGCCGCGGUAUGGGGGACCAAUGUCGAAAAGAAGCCUUAGCUAGAGGUGGCACAGACAUUUUACAAGCGUUCCCUGUGACCUAUCAGGGAAAUCAACCCAGAGCAUGGGAAGCCUUGCAUUAUAAUGCUGUUAAGGAACUGAGGAAAUCAGUGAAGGAUUAUGGCUUACAGUCAGCAUAUACAAUGAACUUAUUAACAGCCCUUGGGGACCGUUAUGUCAUGACUCCCCAUGACUGGAAAAUGCUAUUACGUCUGAUCUUAUCGGCCACGCAAUAUACUGUAUUCAUGACUGAGUACCAUGAUCUAGCGACUGCCAAGGCAAUGGAUAACUUAGGUGGCAAUCUAAAUCAUAUUGGUGUGAAUGAACUCGUCGGUGAGGGGCCUCGAGCUACUCCUGACGUGCAAGCCCAAAUGGACAGAUGGUGUUUUGAGCAAGUAAAAGACGUUGUAUUGCGCGCGUUAAGACGGGUACCUGAUACAGCUGCUCCAGAAGCCUCCUUUUCUGCUAUCACACAAGCACCUGGAGAACCCUAUAUAAAAUUUCUUGAUCAGCUCCAAAAUGCAACAGAGAGACAAGUAGAUAACCGAGCGGCUUGUGACAUUCUGAUGAAACAAUUAGCAUUAGAAAAUGCUAAUGCUGACUGUCGUAAAGUAUUGCAGUCUAUUAAAAAUGCUAACCCCACCAUCACUGAUAUGAUAAAAGCAUACCAAGAUAUCAGAACUGAAACUCAUAAAAUUAGUCUUUUAGCUGACGUGUUAUUGACCCAACUCACAGUGGGGACAGUUCAAAAGGCAAAUUGCUAUAAUUGCGGAAAGCCUGGGCACCUUAAAAAAGAUUGUGAGACCAUUAAGCAUAGUGGUCGAGAAAAUCGAUCCGUACCAACCCGACCAUGCCCUCGCUGUAGAAAAGGAUUGCACUGGGCAAAUGAAUGCCGGUCCAAAUUUCAUGCCGAUGGUCGACCCCUUGGUGGUUCAGCAAACAGGAAGAAGAGCGCAAAACCACGCAAGACAACAACAAAUACGGCUCCGAGAAAACAGAACAACAGCGCUUAGCCAGCACACUCUGACCCACCACAGCUGGAAGUGCAGGAAUGGACCUAGCCACCACCCAACCAGUAACUCUAGAUACUACAACAGUUGUUCUCAUCCCCACUGGGGUGAUGGGACCCGUUUGGUCUAUUUUCUUGGCUAGGAGGAUUUGGCCCCUACAUUAAAAGUAUCACUGGUUUUGUUGUCAUCGGCCUGGUAGCUCUGUUGAUGAUUAUGUUACGUUUGCCAUGUCUGUUUUCUUGUGUUCAGUGAAUCAUUGACAGAAGCAUAAAUCAAACCACGUAUGCCCAAAUGCACACUAUGCUUGCCUUACAAAGCAUGAUGUCAGAAAAAGAAAAGGAUAAAGAAACCUGCAGUAGUCAAAAAUGCUUAGUGAAAUAAAUCUAAUCACACUAUAUGAGAAAGCUGUAAAAGAAUCAACGAGCUUUAUGUUUGUGGUAUGUGAUCAAUGUAUUGUCAACAUAAUCAGCAGUUCAUGAAAACAGCAUAAUCAUUAUUUUGUAAGUUAAAUAUAAAAGGGGCAGAUGUGGGUUAACAGGAUGUUAGACAGGUUGUGAAGAAGCAAAGACCAAGAUUGUGAAAGAGCAGAGACAAGAACGAGGAACAAAAACGAGCAGAAAUGCUAAGAAAAGACGGCACAUGGAUAGCUCAUGAUAACUCUAGUGAUUGGAGAAGAAUCUGCCUGCCUGGUGGCUGAGUUUUACAAGAAGACGUUGAUUGGGCACAAUGUAAACAGUGAUUGUCUUAGUGGAAAAGUACUGAGAGACUUGAGAAACUAUAUAAGUCGGGUGUUGUUUGUAAUAAACGAUUCUGGU